AUGGCGCAACAAAGAAACAGGAAAAUCGAAAGUGAAUGCAGGAGAUUUCAGACACGUUGGGGAAAUGAAUAUUUUUUCACGGAGGUGAGCGGGAAAUGUGUCUGUUUAAUUUGCCAGGAGUCCGUUGGGGUGAUGAAGGAAUAUAAUGUUAAAAGACAUUACGAAACAAAACAUCAGUCUUUCAAAUAUUACACUGGUGCUGAGCGCAAUCAAAAGGUGAAACAAUUGGCAGCUGCCUUGUUAGCUCAACAACAAUUUUUUCGUGCUAAUAAAGCACAGGAAAAUUCUACAUUAGCUAGUUAUGAGGUAGCUCACCUAAUAGCGCGGCAUGGAAAACCCUUCACUGAAGGCGAACUUAUAAAGGAGUGUCUGAUGAAAGUUGCCACAAUAAUUUGCCCAGAAAAGAUGCAAGAUUUUAAAAAUAUCAGUCUUUCAAGAAACACAGUCGGACGGAGAAUUGAAGACUUGUCGGCAAAUCUAAAAGAACAAGUGACAGACAAAGUUCCCACGUUUGAUUUUUACUCAAUUGCGUGCGAUGACAGCACUGAUUCCACAGAUACUGCACAGCUGUUAAUUUUUUUGCGAGGUGUGGACAGUGAUUUUUGCAUUUCAGAAGAGCUACUUGAAAUGAAGAGCCUUAAGAGUACAACAACGGGAAAAUAUCUUUUUGAAGCCGUAUCAUGUGCGAUUGAAAACAUGAAUCUCCCUUGGGCCAAGCUCUGUGGCAUUACAACCGAUGGAGCAUCAGCCAUGAUCGGCGAGCAGAAUGGAAUGGCUUCCAUGGUAUGCAACAAAGUUUGCGAAAGUGGAGGUGAGGCUGUGAAAAUGCACUGUAUCAUACACCAGGAAGCGCUCUGUGCCAAAGCCAUCCAGAUGGAUGACGUGAUGACCACUGUGGUAAAAACUAUAAACUUGAUUCGUUCAAGAGCGCUCAACCACAGAGAAUUCCGGGCAUUUCUGUCUGAUAUUGAUGCAGAAUAUGGCGACGUAAUAUAUCACUCUAACGUGCGAUGGCUGAGUCGUGGCUCUGCUCUACAGUGGUUCUAUUCGCUGCGGUCUGAAAUUGACCAGUUUUUGAAAGAAAAAAAUCUGACACUUGAUCAACUCAAUGACCCUGACUGGCUGGCAGACCUUGCUUUUUUAGUUGAUUUGACCAGUCACCUGAACGCACUGAAUAAAAGCCUGCAAGGCAAGGACCAGCUGAUAUCGGAAAUGUAUGCGCACUUGAAAUCCUUUGCUGUGAAGCUAAGACUUUUUGAGAGACAAAUCAGUGACCGCAAUGCUGUGCACUUUCCUAGUUUGUCCGAAAUCAUCUCGCGUUUUUCAGACUCCAACAUCCCUGGAAAAAUUGAUAAAUAUUCGACAAAGGAAGUACAAGAGAAUGUGCAGCUGGAACUCAUAGAACUUCAGUGCGAUGAUUCUCUUCACAGCCGCCACCAGCUUAUUCCCCUGUCCGAGUUUUACAAGAGUUUGAAUAAGAGUUGA